AUGUCAUUCUCACUCCUCAGAUCUCGUGGGCUUAGAGCUGCAACCAGGACAGCGGGUGUCCGACCCGCUCGAUCCACCCUCCCUGCUAUGAGGUUCCUCCAAACGGACGCAGACAAAUCCUCGCCCGCUGAGGCUUUGCCCGAGUCCGGAGAUCAACCUUUCACCGUAGCUCUUCACGGAGAAUCUUUCCACUCUUACCGAUGUGAUGCCCCUUCAAAUGAGAUCUCAAUCACCAAGGAUGAGUUGGUGAAGAUGUACACUACUAUGGUCCAAAUGAGAAGAAUGGAACAAGCCGCCGAUGCGUUGUACAAGCAGAAGAUGAUCCGAGGUUUCUGUCACUUGGCUAUCGGUCAAGAAGCCGUCUCAGUCGGUAUGGAACACGCCAUUGACGGUGAUGAUCGAGUGAUCACCUCGUACAGAUGUCACACUUUCGCAGUGUUGAGAGGUGGUACAGUCAAGGGAGUUAUUGCCGAGUUGAUGGGCCGAGUCGACGGUAUGUCGUACGGAAAAGGUGGUUCCAUGCACAUUUUCACUCCCUCUUUCUUCGGUGGUAACGGUAUCGUCGGUGCUCAAGUACCCGUCGGUGCUGGUAUUGCUCUCGCCCAAAAAUACUUGAAGAAGAAGACUGCUACUUUCGCUCUUUACGGUGAUGGUGCUUCUAACCAGGGUCAAGUAUUCGAGGCUUACAACAUGGCUAAACUCUGGAACCUCCCUUGUGUCUUCGUAUGUGAGAACAACAAGUACGGUAUGGGUACUUCCGCCGAACGAUCCUCUCAAAACACCGAAUUCUUCACUCGAGGUGAUAAGAUCCCAGGUCUCCAGGUCAAUGGUAUGGAUAUCCUCGCUGUCAAGAAAGCUACCGCUUGGGCCAAAGAAUGGGUCACCUCAGGAAAAGGUCCAUUGGUAGUUGAAUUUGUUACCUACAGAUAUGGUGGUCACUCCAUGUCCGACCCCGGUACCACCUACCGAACCAGAGAUGAAGUCCAACAGAUGCGAUCUGAGAAGGAUGCUAUUGCCGGUUUGAAGAGAUACAUCUUGGAAUGGGGAGUCACCGAUGAGGCUAGCUUGAAGGCUAUCGACAAGAAGGCUAAGGAGGAAGUUGACGCUGCCGUCGAGGAAGCUAAGAAAUCACCUUUCCCAGAUGUCAAGACCUUCUGGACCGAUAUCUACUACAAGGGUACCGAACCACCUAUGAUGAGAGGAAGAGAGAAGGAAGAAUACCACGUUUACUCCCAAGCAUAA